UGUUUAUUAAUGCCUGUGGAAGCGGUGACGUAAUUUUGACAGUGAAGUCUCGCUGUUUGAUUCGUACUCGUAAUCAGGACUUCGUGUCCGUGGAGAAACUAUAAUUCGUGUUUGUAAAGUACACCCAUCGUACAUUUAUCAGUCAUAAACAAACAGAAAAACAAAAUGUCGUAUCUGUGUCUGUUCUAAUCGCAGAUUUUGGAAUUGUAGCCUCGUAAAAUUACGAGUACGCUCCGUUUUCCUUUACGAUUUUAUAAUUACGGAUGCGUGAAUUUUAUUUACGCACAAAAUAUUUAUGACAGUGAUUUUAUUCCAUACUGAGCAACACUGAGUAGUCCGUCCUUCUCGGAACCGCAGAUGGCGUGACCGCAGUAGUGUACGCAGACUGCAUAUCUCGCGUUGCUUCAUUUUUGUCCAGUCGGUACCUCUUGAUGCUGAAGAUGCUGUAGCAGCAGGCAGUGCGUCAGCUUUCAGGCUCAACAUAUCAUAUCACUCUUUCAGUAACCUUAGAGAAAACGAGGGUUUGACAAGGCUGUGUUAUUUUGACUUACGUUCCGUUUUAUCACACACCAAGAGUAAAUGUCAGUGGCAAAUACUAAACGGACUAUUCUCAAUCCGACAGUCCCUUUCACUGAGAUUAUACCAAAUGGUCUUCACCCAGGAGAGAUGGUUGUUAUACAGGGGUGUGUUCAAAAUGAUGCUGACAGGUUUCAGUUUGAUUUGACAUGUGGCUGCAGUACAAAGCCUCGGGCGGAUGUCGCAUUUCACUUUAAUCCACGAUUCAGCAGUUCUCCACGUAUCGUGUGCAACUUCUUGCAUCAUGAACACUGGGGAAAAGAAGAAAACGUGGAGCUCAUGCCAUUUAAACAAGGAGCAUCAUUUGAGACGAUCAUCAUGGUACUUUGCGAUGUUUUCAAAGUAGCAGUAAAUGGUGUUCAUAUUUUGGAAUAUAAACACAGGAUUCCUCUUGAGAUGGUUAACACGUUUUCAGUAUCUGGAGACGUAGAAGUGCAUGCCAUUGGCUUUAUCCCUGACUCAGCAAUAUUUUCAAACUCAAGUGACCUAAGCAUACCCUACAAGGGAAGUUUACUUAGAGGAGUCAUUCCUGGACAUCAAAUAACAAUCAAAGGGCAUAUCAGCUUGUUCCCUCACAGUUUUACUGUUAAUCUGCGAUGCGGCCAAUCGAACAACAUUGCUCUGCACAUUUACUCACACAUCAAAUCUGGCAAGCUUAUCAGGAACUCCCUUCUCAGCCAGUCAUGGGGUCCAGAGGAACGUGAACUGCCAUACUUUCCCUUUUCAGCUGGAAACUACUUUGAGAUAAUAAUCCUAUGUCAGCUUCAUCAGUUUAAGAUAGCAGUUAAUGGAUCCCAUCUGCUGGAUUACAACCACAGAGUGCAGGACUUAAGCUCCAUUGAUCAACUGGAGAUUCUGGGUGACAUGGAACUGCAACAUGUUCAGUUGUGGUGAGAUAUAAUACAACAUCAGGAUGUUUUUUUAUUUAUUUAUUUAUUUAUGUUUGUAUUUUCCUUCUCUUUUCAUUGUUCCUCAUCCAUCUGUUGUUUUAAAGUAGAUAAAUGUAGAUGUGUUAUAAUAUUUCAUGCCAUCAGCACAGUGGUUCUCAAUCCCAUUCCUGAGCCCCCGCAGUACUGGAUGUUUUUCAUGCAUCUUUAAGCCUUGCUCACACUCUGUAAUUUCAGCCACAAUUUGGUUGUCAAAAACAAAUUAGGGAGAAAGUAAAAGAUUGCUUUAAUGCAAGGAUAAAAUCUGUGGUCUUUGAUCAUUGUUCACAGACAGUCGCUUAAUGUCAAAUUUCCAACACAAUCUCACAGCAAUUCGUAACUUUUUGAUUUAGUGGCUAAUUCGUAUGAAUUCGUACGAUCUAAUUCGUACAAUUUAGUAAGAUUUGCUCAUCCCCCAAUGACGGUUGGGUUUAGGGGUGGGGUUAGGUGCCACGCCUCCUUUUUAAAAUCGUACUUACGUUUUCUCGUGAGAUCAGGCUGCAAAUUUACCCAAGAACUAAUAGUACCGUCAAAUCCGAUGACUCAAUUAGCAUGACAACAUAAAACUACCACAAAGAAAGGCAAAGACACAGAAGUGCUAUUUUUUCUUAAGGUAUUUUGUGAGCAAAAUUAAUGCUACAUAUUGUUUAUGAUUGCUGUGAAGUAUUAUUUCAGAAUGCGAGUAUUGUAUGCAUCAUGGAUAAAUGGCAUCAAAUUGAACAGAUUCAGCUUGUCAGCUCAUUAGCAGAGACUCCAGCACCUGAAAUGGUAGUAUGAGAUGUGGUUGAGAACCACUGCAUAAGGAUCAUGACAGCGUUACAAUUGUAAAGCUGCGGUCACACUACAGUUUGAGCUUGCGAAAUUCUGCCGUGCGGCGCUGCAAAAAGGGUUGGGAUUAAACAAGAUGAUUAGAUGUUAAUAAAUGCAAGCGAUUGCUCCAUGUUUUAAAUUUCUGUCCAGAGAGGUCCUGUUUUGAUCCUCGAUUGGUCUCACGCAGUCAUGUGAUGCCAUUUCGCAAGUCAGAGUUGACCAAGCUUGAACUUUGCAAUGCCGUGAGCUGCAAAACUUGACGCACAACCUUGCGUUUCCAGUCUGACACAUUUGCGUGCAUAUGAAUAGAAGUCUAUGGGGAGAAAAGUCCAGUGUGACCGCAGCUUAAGGGGUUAAAUUCAAUAUUUAAUUUUGUAUAGUUUUCAGUUUGUAUAGUGUUGUUUCUUAUGAAUGAAGGGUUACUUAAAAUACCAUGUAUGGAAAAUUACAUUAUUGAUGAAAAGGCUUGGACACAGUGGUUUUAUGGCUGUUUUCAUUGUAUAUGCAUUUAUAGGAGCUUCCUAUUCAGAUGCAAAUGGAUUUUAAAUAAAUAUAACGUAUGGUCAUUUACAUAGUUUGAAGUAGUCAGUUAAGUGGUAUUUACACAUUUAUUUUACGGUCAAAAGCCUUUUUAAGUUUGUAAAAUGUCUGAA